AGUAAGCUUCAAAAAACAUAGACGAUCUUUGGCAACAAGUGGGCGUUGAGUUCCUCUCUCCCUCCCUCCCUCCGUGGGUCAGCGUGGGCGGCCCCGUGUGGCAGGAGGAGAGCGAAACACGACACCCCGCCAGAGGAAGGGGGGGUUGAGAGAACACGAAGUGGGUGAGUGAGUGGAAAAAGAAAAAGUCCGUGCCGGAGAAAGAGAGGGCCAGAGAGAAGAGCAGAGUUUGUUUCACAGAGAAGCAUCGCUGAUUUGUCGGUGAGGAUGAUGAUGUGGAGGAGGAAUCGACAUCGUUAAACAAAUGGGAUGAAGAUUUAGACUCGUCGCAUUCCGUUGCUUCAGCAUCGACCAACGGCAGCACGACUCCUCCAAACUUCGACCUUCGCCAUUCAGACCCGGGCGACUGUAUUUCCCCCCCCCAGAGGCUCUGGGCAACUUUUCUCAUCUGAAACUCGUGCUGAAAAACAAAUACCUCCGCAAAAAAAAAGUUACCGAGCAAACGUCGAUGAGUCGAGAUAAAAAGCAGAACUUCAUACGAAGUUAGUGGAGUUUUUUAGCUUGAAAGCGUCGCUCAUACUUGGGUCGGGUCCUUUCUAAAGAGCCGCUCCUGAGAACAACACCGGAGGAAGGAGUGGGGUGUUACUGCUAACUCCGCUAGCUAACCUAACUUGGCUAAGGCUAGCUAACUGACGUCUAAAGUUACCAGCCGACGGGGAAAGUGACUGAAGCAGCACACCAAAGACGACAACAAAGAUGAAAACCCCGGCAGACACGGGGUUUGCCUUCCCUGAAUGGGCCUACAAACCUGAGUCGAGCCCGGGCUCCAGGCAGAUCCAGCUGUGGCACUUCAUCCUGGAGCUCCUGAGGAAAGAGGAGUACCACGACGUCAUUGCCUGGCAGGGAGACUAUGGGGAGUUUGUCAUCAAGGACCCAGAUGAGGUGGCUCGCUUGUGGGGAGCCCGAAAGUGUAAACCGCAGAUGAACUAUGACAAGCUCAGCCGAGCAUUAAGAUACUACUACAACAAGAGGAUCCUCCAUAAGACCAAAGGGAAGAGAUUCACCUACAAGUUCAACUUCAACAAACUAGUGCUGGUCAACUACCCCUUCAUUGAUAUGGGCUCUGGCCGGGGAGUCCCCCAGAGUGCUCCUCCAGUGCCAACCGGGGGCACACAUUUCCGCUUCCCCCCCUCCACGCCAUCAGACGUCCUGUCGUCUAGCGAGGAGCUACGCAGUCCGGGAAUGUUCAGCAGCGUGGCCCGCCGGAUGGCUCGAGGUUCCGUCAGCGACUGCAGUGACGGCACUUCCACCAACUCAGAGCUGGAGGAGGCUGUGGGAGCCGAUGAGCGAGGCGUGGGGCCUGAGAGGGCUUUCAGGGGUCUGCUUCCUCCCCGCCUGCCUCAUGAUUCUCUCUUCAGGGUUUACGGUGGGGCCCCAAACCCAGCAGGGCUCCCCCGACCUGCCCAGGGUCCACCCCGAGCAUUCCCUGUCUCCCCCCUGCCUGGUCCAGGGGGACUUCUGGCCCAAACUUUAUCCCCAGCUCUGUCCAUGACCCCAACCCCCCACCUGCCCUACACCCCAUCCCCCUCUCUGUCCUCUCCCAUGGUGGGCUCCCACUUCUCCUUCAACCCAGAGGACAUGAAGCACUUACUGCAGGCCCACACUCAGUCCGUGUACAACUACCACCUCAGCCCCAGGGCCUUCCUCCACUACCCCAACAUUGUCAUCCCUCAGCCCCACCGCCCCACCCCAGAGAAGCCGGCUGCACAACACCUCCAUGGCCCACCCCUGCCGUCUGGCCAGAUACCCAAUUCCGCCCUGGCUGCAGGGCCUCCAAAGAUUAAGGUGGAGCCCAUAUCAGACAUCGAGUCAGAGGAGGAGGUGGAGGUGACCGACAUCAGUGAGGAAGAUGAGCCGAAUCAUAACGAUGACAAAGGUGACUUCUUCACCCCGAUGGCUCGUCACUAUCAUGAUCAGAUCACCAACGAAUGCCAGGCUAACAGAAAUGGCAGCAGCCCUUCUGCUCCUCUUCCUCCUCACAAUAACCACGAUGAAGACCCUGACGAUGACGAGGUCUUCAAGACUCCUGCAACUCCUCCAGUUGGCAGCGGCAGCCUGGCCUUCCCUCUGAUUGGCCUGAAGACCGAGCCAGGUCAGGCAGCUCCCCUCAGCCCUGGGGGCACGCGCUGCAUCCCGCUCAAACUACGCUUCAAACGCCGCUGGAGUGAAGACCAGAAGAUGGAGGCGGAUGGAGAGAGGGACGAAGCUGAGGACAAGAAAGUGAGGGCUGAGGGAAUGGAGAAGUUGGAGGGAAAGGAGCGAGGGAGGAGAGGGGAAGAGGUGGAAAAUGGGGCAGGAAGAGGGGGUGGUGUUAUUUUGGGGUUGAUGCUGCCACCACCUCCCACCCAGCGCAGAGCGAGCUCGGAGCUGCAGAGGGCUACAGCACAGCUGUCUCUGGAAAACACUGGCUGCUGAGUUUCAUGUGUACAUGCACGCGCACAGGGAUCCUGCUUAGUUACAAAACACACACCUCUGGGAGUCCCGUCAGCAAACAUGUGCACACCAUACUGCCUUGUGGGUUCAUGUCUGCAAUAGUGACCUAGACCUAAAGUGUGGGAAAUGGAGACGAACCUGAAAGGUUUUCACCUAAACCCACUUUCAAAUUGUUCUUCUGUGUUUAUUGGAAUGUGGACAUGUAUCCUAUGUAGGAAAUGAUGCUUUUGUGCAAUAAUUAAAGGAGUUGUUGGGCACUUUUUGCUGACCUCACUGUGCCACUCGCUCCUUAAAUUACUCAACAGAAACCAAUGUUGUCCUACAUAGUUUACAUCUACAUGUUGAUACAAAGAAUGCGCCUUAGUUACCUUCAUGUUUUGACACCAGUUUUGCAUUAACAAGGCUGUGGACAACCUGCUGUCAACAGGUAGAUGUGAGGUGAUCCAACAUAGAUGUGCCUGUGUAGCCUCUGGUGUACUACAUGGCAAGACACCUGGUACCUUAUCAAGCACGAGCACAGCUGUGUUUCUGCUGCAACACACAACACUAAGAGAUGAUCAGACUCUGUAUAUUGACCUCUGCCCUAGAGGGAGGGAGCCUACUCUUACUAUCUCUUAGCAACUGCACACUGCCUUCUCAAUGCCUCCUUGCCCUCAUAGUGCCAGUUAAGCCAGUAAGUCUACCAGGGAUCACUUCACAUCACACCUGUGCCCACAUCAUGCCUUUAAUGUUUGUUUAUCUGGUACAGUGAAACAAUUCCCACCCUCUGCACAGGCAGCAUGAAUUGUAAAGCAGUAGACUGAGUUUCACAUGUCUGGCUCACUUGGAUGCAGUGAGCUUUUCUCCCCCAGCUCCCCUUGUCAGCUUGUUCCUCCGUUGUCCUCACCACAACAGACAGAUCCCAGUGUUACUCAAAACACUCUCAACAGCCCUGAUAGAGAUUACAGAAGUGCCUCUCUGUCUGCACCCAUCGCAACGCAGUCAUUUACAAGAUGGAGGACAGCGAACAAAAAGACCUCGCAGUGAUGGAUCGUAGAGUGGAGAGGGAAUUCUUUUCCCUUUCAAGAGGUGAUUAGAACAAACUCUCCAAUCAGUCUUUUCUGCAGGAGACAACUUGGACACUAUCAGACUGCACCAGGGCCAGACUGAGUGCUCUUUUCAUCCUCAGCUCAUUCACAACAGUGUAUAAAGAUGUAAAAUGAGGAUGGAAUUGUACAUCUUGAGGACAGACAAAGAUUCUGAUGAACUUUGGCCUCUCAACCUCUGGCCUGUCACACAGGCGGACAGCAUUGUUGUACCUUUGUUAGCCAGCAAAUGGACGUGUUUCCCGCUGUACAAACAAGACCCCUGGGGAUCAGAGGAAGGCGCCAGAUCUUUUGCUCCUUUUCAUUUCAAGUUGUUGAGGAAAUGAGGAAGCAGCUGCAAGCAAGGUUGUAUUUACAGGCACACUUGUUUAUGAAUGUGUGUGCAUGGACCCAACGUAUCAGGCCUUGAGGACGCAAAAUGUUUUGCGGUGUUUUGUGUCCCUGCAGGACUUCAGUCUUUGAGGGGUUUGGAGGUUUGAGGGCAUUCAUAGUGUUUUCUUGCUGAAACAACCAGGUCAGCAGCUCUCCUCUGCAGUCCCCUGUUUCUGUUAAGACGGUAUUCUUUCUGUCAAAGGAUGCUUCUGCCUUCUGAGGAUGUGGACCGUAUUUUAGGGCAUUGGCAGUGACCUGAGGCCGUUGUGUAUUUCAGAGGCAGCGGCCGAAUCUGUUCAUGUGAUUAUUUGAGAAGCGACGAUGGAAGCGAACUGACUUUGUCUAGUGAGGAACAGGAACCAUGAAUGUCCAACAUCAAGGUCAACUCAGGCAAACCUUCACUGAGAUACUGAGAAACAACUUAUUUUUAUGAUGUUUUAUUCAUAUUGUUUAAAAAGAAAAAAAGACACUGCGCCCGUUUUAAUGAACAAAUUUCAAAUAAGAUUGUGCCUUUUUUAAGCCACCAUGAGUUUUAUCCAGUACCCCCAGCAAAGUGUUGUAUCACACCCAGUACCACCAUGCCUUCUGUUUUUGUAAAGGAGAGAGACAGAAUACGUAAAUCUACACAUAUAUAUUUUAGUCAAAUAUAUAUUGAACUCAAAUAUUAUAUUUCAAUAUGGUCAUUUGAUACAAAUCAGGAAAAUCCUAGUAUUUUUAAUGGUAAAGAUGUGUAUAUAUUCUAAUGGGCAUAUUUCACAGUAUAAUUCAGCCUUUGC